GAGCAACUGGGCUGUUAAAAGAAAAACAAGUGACUCACUCACUUAAGGUAGAGUUCUUCGACAAAACACAGUGAGUGAACAUGGCGACUGCUUCCAGUUUCUUAUCCGAAGAACAGUUUCUGUGCUCCAUCUGUCUGGAUGUGUUCACAGAUCCGGUCACCAUACCAUGCGGACACAACUUCUGUAAGACGUGCAUCACAAAGCACUGGAACAUCAGCCGCCACCAGCAGUGUCCGCUGUGUAAGGAACAGUUUGAUCCCAAACCAGCUCUGCGGAUCAACACCUUCAUAUCCGAGAUGGCUUCUCACUUCAGGAAUGCCAGGAGCUUGUCAGGACAAGUAUCGGCCGGCUCAGGAGGGAUUCUGUGUGAAGUGUGCACCAAACCCAAACAGAAAGCCUUUAAGUCCUGCCUGGCGUGUGCUACUGCCUAUUGCCAUACUCACCUGGAGCCUCAUACGAGAAUCACAGUGCUGAAGAGACAUACAUUGAUCAAUCCAGUCAUGAAACUGGAGACCAUGAUGUGUGGGAAGCAUGAGAGGCCUCUGGAGCUGUUCUGCAAGACCGAUCGGAGGUGCAUAUGUCCAAGCUGUGCUGCGUCCGACCACAAGAAGCAUCGGGUUGUCGCUCUGAUGGAAGAGUGUAAAGAAAAGAAGAAAGAGCUGGAGAAGACCAGAGUUUGUAUUGAGGAGAUGAUUCAGGGGAGAUUACUAAAGAUGGAGCAGUUUAAGCAGUCGGUGAAGCUCAGCAAGCGGAAUGCGGAGGAAGUGACAGCAGCUGUUGCGGAGGACUGUUCGGAUCUCAUCAAUGCUGCAAGAAAAAGUCUGGAUCAUUUCAUCAACGUGAUUGUACAGAAGCAGAAAGCAACAGAAGAACAGGCAGAAGGUUUCAUAAAGGAGCUGGAAGAGGAAAUCUCCACGCUGAUGAAGAAAAGAUCUGAGCUGAUGCAGCUGUCGCAAAUCGAAGACCACUUCCAUCUGCUCCAAAACACCCUAACAAUGACGGUUACCGCCAAGGACUGGACCAAGGUCAGAGUCCAGUCCUCCUGCGAUGCGACAGUGAGGACGGCUGCAGCUCAACUGGAGACGAUCAGAACAGAGAUGAAGAAGCUCUGCGCUCGCAUUGAACUUGCGAGAGUCCGGCUGUAUGUAGUGGACGUGACUCUGGAUCCGAAUACUGCAAACCCCUAUCUGGUGAUGUCCGACGAUGGGAAAACUGUACGAUGCAGUGAUGUUACACAGGUCCUCCCAGACAAGCCAGAGAGACUGUCAGCCUUUGGAAUCUUGGGAAAGCAAAGUUUCUCCUCAGGACGAUUUUACUACGAAGUUGAAGUUAAAGGGAAAACUAAAUGGGAAUUAGGAGUGGUCCAAGAGUCUAUUGACAGGAAGGGUGAGAACGCCAUUUGCCCUGAAAACGGCUACUGGGCUGUAUGGCUAAGAAACAGCCAUUACAGAGCUCUUACCGGGCCCUCUGUGCCUCUGGUUUUGGUGUCUGAGCCCCAGAAGGUGGGGGUUUUUGUGGAUUAUGACGAGGGUCUAGUUUCCUUUUAUGAUGCUGAGGCAGCACAUCUCAUCUUCUCCUUUACUAGCUGCAACUUCAGUGAGAAACUCUAUCCUUACUUCAGUCCCUGUCCUAGUGACGGUGGCAAAAACUCAGCCCCUCUGAUCAUUUCCAGCAUCAGCCACACAUUAAACUGAUAGCCCAAAUGCAGUCACAUAUCGCUUUAAGAAAACAUUUUUGAUUUACUCAAGUUAUACUUGACGUAAAAAUGUAUUGAUCUGAGACAUUUAAGUGAUAAAUGAAAAGCAAAAACAGAAGAAAUCUGUAAGAGGGAGAAGAGAGAGAAUAAACUGAACAGCUUUUGGCUGAACCUCAUUUCUAAUAAUUUUCUACAUCUUGUACCCUUUGUUGGUAGUAUUACAGUCCGUUACUCCUCCUCCCUCCUCCAGACAGAGUAUGAACUGAUAUCAAAUGUUUAACUGUUAUCUGAGAGGUACAGAAAGGCCAGCUCUGCUUUAACAACCUUUGUCAACGUCCUUGGGUGGAGAACUGGCAACAGGGACAGCUGGCUGAUGGAAACAAUAAGUUGAGCUAAACUAAUGAGGUUCAACCCCACUUUGAGCUGUAUACACCUGAUCUAAUCCAAUAAUUCUAGAUAUUACUCGAGAUUUCUUGAGUACAUUUGAAAUUGUUUAAGAUUAUUUCUAAUCCCAAAUAAUACAAAAUGUUCCAGAGGUAUAUGAAAUGUGUAAAACACAAUAAUUUCUUUGUGAGACUUUAAAUAAAUGUGGAAUAUCGAUGUAUAGUGAUAGAUGAGAAUGUGAAUAACAUGACUGGAAAGAUCAAAUGAGUCACUGAAGGAUCUCUGGCGCCCUCUGGUGGUGGUUUAGAUUUAUUAACAAAACCUAAUACUAGCAGUUGUGAAGAUAUAACGAUUUAAAACCUUGCUCUGCCUUGAUAUUGGUGGCUGGCCAAUGCCAGGCAAGCUCUAUAGAAACAUGAACAUUUUAAGAAUUUCUUAUUUGAUUUUUGUUUUGUUCCAUCAGCAAAUUUAACAAAGAUGCAAGUUUUCACUUGGCCAAUGAUAGGACCACAUCUAAAUGAUUCUUAAGAUAUCAAAGGAUUAGGCCAUGGAAUAACAUAUUUGCCUCAACUUUGUUCACAUAAGAAAUAAAUCUGGGAACAUCUUGCAUAGAUUUGGUAAUUCUGCAUUUCUAACAACAUCGACUGAAUCUACUAAACUAAACACACACACACACACACACACACAACAGAAUUAAGUAUGUCAUUUGUUUUUAUUGUGUUACAUGUGACCAUAAACUUCAGAGAAGUUACAGUUUCCAUGGAGAUACAGUAAAUAUAUUCAAUUACUUGAAUAGGAAAAAGAUGUGUGAUGCAUGUGUGUGGAAGUGAGGCGCCCCAGUUUGGACAGUCCCGUGUGUCUGGUAUUAACGUGAAGUGGAUUAAAAACGAUUGUGUGCAUUUUGAAAAAUAAAACAAACAUUAAAUAAGACAAAAGAACAGUGACCUAAAACUUUGAGCUGAAAAACAAAUGUUCAACAUAAACCCACAUACAAAAGAGAAAUAAAUAAAACGAUAUUUUACAGACACGGCAACGACGACGUACAGUAAAGAUGGCCGCUUCCCUCCACGUUUUGUGUGUUGAAGACAAGGGAGCGAGGGAGACGGGAAGGAAAACUGCACUCUUCCUCCUGUGGCAGGGGAUCGGCCUUUGUGUAUCUACAGGCGGCGGGUGUCUACCUGUGGAGUCAGACUUCAUAUGGCACCGUCCACACUACAACUCUACAGUAAACCCAACCACAAUCCAAGUCUAAAUUCAAACUAUACCUUCUGUUGCACCCUGCCCACACCACCUCCUUUAAGCUACAACUUCACCCCAUGUCUGACUCUAAAAGGCACUGGUAUGUACUUAUUUCCACACAUUCUACCAUCUCAGGCAAUGAGGACGCACGGGAAAAAGCAAACACACAUACACUCGGGCCAGCCGGGUAACUUCCAGGGGUACAGCUGGCUCCUACGAACGCUACCGGUCUCUGUGUCCCGAAGCUUCCAUCGCUUAACAGUCUGCUGACGGCGGAGGCAAUCGGAUAUAUGUAAACGUCGACAAGGCUAACAUCAUAACAGGCGAAGACAUAAAUAAAAACACAUUAAAACAGUGCUGCUAAACUUACCAGGAUGUUCUAGUAAAACUCAAACAGGAGGAGGAAAACGGUUUGUGCACAGUGCGAGUGUCCGCGUGCCGCUCCGGAGGCGCCGUCGCCCACCCGGAUUAUUUACACAGUGACUCCAAUCGACUUCUACUCUAGCACACAAAGAGUUUGGCUGCAAGUUUUUUGUACAUUUGGAAUGCUCUUAACAUGGCGACGGUUAGAAAAAGUCUACAAGUCCACGCGCUCCGACGAGGAGCCUCAGAACAGAGUCUAUUCUAGGUUACAUAUUGAAACUUUGAGGCUCAAAUGCGCUGGAGGAAGUGACUGAUGGUCUUUAUCGGACGCGCAGCGGAGCUGCUGCAGUCAGGCAGUGAAGUUCGAACAAAGUGUUGAGCUUUGAUUUUGUCUACUCUGAGCCUAUUUUUGCCGUAUGCUUCUUUUUCUACAGUAAACACUAGUUCCCCACCAAUCCAGUUCACAUGUUAAACUGUUGCUGGUGCUUGCUUGGCACUCGUUUUUAACUGAAGCACCACAAAAAGAAAUAAAGGAGUUAUAUUUGGGCAAGGUUAUUUACUAGAGGUGCACUCAUGGACACCAGCAGUCGGAUAAAAGGUUGUGAACACCAUGUUGUAAAAGUAGAUCAGUGCACAGAGUUGUUUUCACACUUGUAAUCUUAAACAAAAUUAAUAAACUCUUGUUUAUAUGCUGACUGAAACAGCUUGUGCUAAACUCCAAUUUGCAGCUAUUUAGAAACACCAACAAGACGUAACAGAGUCCAUUUGGCAUUCUAAAAGACGGCUCAUAUAGCUAUAGCUAUGCUCUAAAUUAUUCAUACCCUUCGCAGAUUUUGAAUUCAAAUAAUUAUUAAAGAAAACAAACAAAAAGAGCCACUUAAAAGAUAAAGCAAUAUAAAAGGAGUAUCAGUUUUGAAAAAUCAAAGAAUAUUUGUUUUAUUUAUAUUUUUAUUUAAAAAAUAUAUGCUGAAAAUAAUUUAUAUUGUAUUCUUGUCAUUACCCUAAUCUUUAGCACAGAUCCUGUGUCACUUAAAUUAGGACUUCAAUACUUUAAUGGUACUUCCAACCAGAAGAAAAACUGUUGAUAGCAUUACUUACAAACUAAAAGUGAUGGGGUUCUCAACUCCAGACUUGUAUCAACUUUUGCUUCCAAGUCGGAAGGUCUCAAUCAAACCACAGGUGUCGACUUUGCGUGCAGACUCUACUCUCUGUGGUAAAUACAGAUUUAUCAUUCAUUUUCUGUCAUCUCUAACAGCGUACAAUUAACUGGAACCAAAUUGAAAUGCGGAAAAAGUUCAAAUAGUGUCGACUUAAACCAACAGGAAGCAUGCUAACAUCAGCUUACCACGUUAACACUGAUCAUCCUGCAUAGAAACAUUAUUACCGGAACAUUCAGAUAUAUAUUUAGAAACAAAUGAUAAAAUCAUGAAGGUGUCACUCAUUAUUAAAUGAACCACAUUUAAAUGAAUUGGAUGAGUAACCAAUUAUAUUAGGACACCUGGUUGACGAUAACAAGAUGAAUGACGUGCUUUAGCUCGUUUUUGUUGGAUUUCCUAUAGAGCCAGUUAAAAACCGGCUACAGCACCAGAUGCAGUUCAACACUAGAACCGGCUUGGUAGAAACAUUGUUAAUAAGAGUAAUAAUAAACGGCACCCUUUCAAACUUAGAUGUGAGGUUUUUAUACUUAAGUUGUUAAAGAGAUGUUAAAAUAGUGAGCAUAAAAAAGCAUUUGUUCUCACUUUAACCUUGAAGAAACUACCAAUACUACAAAGUUAGACUUAAGAAGACAGAGUGCUGCUCUAAGAUUCUUUAUUACUAAUCUCAACAAAAAGAUCGGCUGGCUUAAAUUAGAACUGUAAAAGGGCAGUGGUCACUGGGGUGUUUUAAAAAGACUUCAUAUAUAUAUAUAAUUUUUUAUCUUCUUGAUUAGAGCAUCAGUCUGUCUCAAUGCUGAGGCGAGACCAAAGUGAAUGUCCCACAUUUCCAGUGCAUUUGUGCCAUAAGACAAAAAUGGUCUCCAAAGGGUUAAAGUUCGCUACUUACAAUAUACACAUAGGAUGUGUCAAAUGUGAUCUAUUCUGUUUUUCUCUCUAAACAAUAACUUUGUAUGCAAAAAGCGGAGUGCUAUAGCUUCUGUUCCUUUUGUCCCUUGUGUUAUUCUCACUGUCUUCUAUUUCCAGAUGUGGAAUCGAGGGUGAAUAUAAGAGGAUCUGAUCACACAAAAAUAAAAGUUGCACACAUUGGACCACUCUGUUUUUCUUUCCCUUUUUUUCCAUCGCGUUGGUUUGUUUUCUGUUCUGAGCAGGCUUCAGUAAAACACAAGAUGAGAUAGGAAAACAGAAAAGAGAAAUAGAAAAAAAAAA